AUGACCGGGGUGUUGGAGAGCCUGGCGCCGGACAUGCACGCCGCGCACAUCUCCGCCGGCACCUACCAGCCGCACGGCGGCCUGCACAAGCCGCAGGAGUCCCCGACGCUGCCCGUGUCCACCGCCACCGACAGCAGCUACUACACCAACCAGCAGCACGGCGCGGCCGCCGCGCCGCCCUACGGCUCCGUGGGCUCCUACCCCUACGCGGGCGCGGGCGGCGGCGGCGGCACCGCCCCCUACUCCGCCAAGGCCGGCUACGACCUGGGCUACGCGGGCGCGUACGGCUCCUACGGGCCCUACGGCUCCAGGGCCUCCCCGGCCCACAACGACUCCGCAGAGAAGGAAGACUGCGAGCCGGAGAUCCGCAUAGUGAACGGGAAGCCGAAGAAAGUGCGGAAGCCUCGGACCAUCUACUCCAGCUUCCAGCUGGCCGCGCUGCAGCGGCGCUUCCAGAAAACCCAGUACCUCGCCCUGCCCGAGAGAGCGGAGCUGGCCGCGUCCCUCGGCCUCACCCAGACACAGGUGAAGAUCUGGUUCCAGAACCGCCGGUCCAAGUUCAAGAAGAUGUGGAAGAGCGGCGAGAUGCCCGCGGAGCCGCCGCCGCCACGCCGCAGCGCCUCGCCGCCCCCCGCCUCGCCUCCCGCCUGGGACUUCGCCCCGCACCCGCGCACGGCGGGCGGCGCGGGCACCGCCAGCCCCAGCCCCGCCGCCGCCGCCGCCUUCCUCGGUAACUACUCGUGGUACCCGCCGGCGGCGGCGCCGCUCCCGCCGCAGCCCCCGCACCACGGCGGCGGCGGCCUCUUCUAG